AUGGAUCAUGCCGUGCACCACAAUAUCGAGUGUGUAGACGGUUACGAUUACAGCGCUGCCAACGGACGUGACGCAAGCACAGUCCUCGGCGAUAUAGUUAAGUGGUACCAUGAUCUGAGGGAGACGCCGGGCGGUGGCGAAGGAUCCGGAAAUGACUGGGAGCAUGAGACUGUUGUGGAGCUCUACCGAAAACACGGUUGGCCGGGGCCCAACUUCGACGGCGACGCGUUCGAAGUGGAUCAUGUUCGGAGCAUAGCUCACCGUGCCCUGACUUGGAGUGCUAAUGAGCCUCUUCGCAAAUUAGAGGAGUCUCAGAGGGAGCCUAAUGAUUGGGCUCAUAGGGCCGUUGAGGAUGCGCUCAAGAAGAUAAAGAAAGCAAAGAAAGUGGAUGAGGAGUGGAUGGCGCGUUGGGACCUAUUCGAAGCAGAACAAGUGGUUGCAAACUGCGAACGUGAGGCGCGUGAAGCACGCGCUGAUGCUGCGCGGUAUUGCCCUGAGGGUGUGGUUUUACGCCCGGAAGAAGAGCUUUGCUGGAAGCGAAAUACCUGCAACGCGACCAUGAAUAUAAGCUCCAAGAGGGCUGUGACGGCAGUAAUAGCCGAGGCAGAAAAGCUGUAUCCGGGGCAGACCAUUACGACAGCGAACGGCCUGCGCAUCAUGAACGAAUCAACAAAAGAAACUCGUAUAGAGGAGACCAAUGCGGUCAUGGAAAGUGAGCACGAGCGAAUGCGACAUAUGCAAGCGUGGUCGGAGCAGAUACCAAAGAAAGCUAAAAAGGCAACCGCGGCUAGCCAGGCCGCAAUUAAGCAGUGCGAACAGUCUAUUGACAGCCUCGUUGAUAUGGUUGAUAGGAUUAAUAGGUUCGGGUAG